AUGCUUUUACGACUGCCACCCACCCUUCAUUACCCUAUCACCGUGACGUCGCUGCUCAAGCGUCCGGGGGAUAAGGUCGAGCGAAAUGAGGCCCUGUUCUGGUAUGUCUACGAGACCACCGUGACCGAGGGUGAUGGCCUCGGCAACAAAAUUGAAGUUCGGAGGCAAUAUCCGACCAAAUUCGAAUCGACCGUCGAUGGCGAGGUUAUAGAAUGGAAGAUCACGAAGGGCGAUGUCAUUGAAGAGCCUGUCACGGUUGUCGAGAUCGAAGAGCCAUGCGCCCACGAGAUCCAGUUCGGAGGGAUGUGUGCAGAGUGUGGGCAAGACAUGACUACUGCGACCUACAAUACAGAUGUCAUGGAUUCAAUGCGUGCUCCCAUUCAGAUGGUCCACGAUAACACGGCCCUCACGGUCAGUGAAAGAGAAGCCACACGAGUCGAGGAGGAUGCAAAGCGCCGCCUGCUUGCGUCUAGGCGCCUCUCCCUCGUGGUCGAUCUAGACCAGACAAUCAUCCAUGCUACUGUUGAUCCAACGGUCGGUGAAUGGAAAGAGGACAAGGAUAAUCCGAACCACGAAGCCGUGAAGGACGUUCGCUGCUUUCAACUUACGGACGACGGCCCCGGCAUGCGUGGCUGCUGGUACUACAUCAAGCUUCGGCCAGGGCUGGAAGAGUUCUUGCAGAACAUAUCUAAGCUUUAUGAGCUACAUAUCUACACCAUGGGAACGAGGGCGUAUGCGCAGAAUAUUGCAAAUAUCAUCGAUCCGGACCGGAAGCUUUUUGGAGACCGGAUUCUCAGUCGCGACGAAAGCGGGAGUCUCACUGCCAAGAACCUCCAACGUCUGUUCCCUGUGGACACCAAGAUGGUGGUCAUCAUUGACGACCGUGGAGACGUGUGGAGAUGGAAUCCGAACUUAAUCAAGGUCUCUCCGUAUGACUUCUUCGUUGGCAUUGGCGAUAUCAACUCCAGCUUUCUGCCAAAGAAGCCGGAGCUGACGCCGGGGACCGGUUCGAUCAAAGGGAAGCGUGAGAAGGAGCAGCAGCAGACGCAAGCAACAGCGGCGGAGCGCCGUGUCAAUGGAUCAAUUGCGAGCAAUAAUGACACGGAAACAGAAGUCUCCGCCUUGGAACAGCUGGUAACCAUGGGCGGUGGUGACAAUCCGAGGUUGCUUCAGGAGCAGGCUGUGCAGCAAGAAGAGACCAUCCUGCAGCAAGAACUGGAUGCGGAAGAGGAGGCAGCAGAGUCGCAAGGGGGUGCUGACAGCGAGACAUCAUCCAGCAUGGAUGAGUCCCAGGAAGUGGGCCGGCAUCGCCAUCACCUGCUUGAGGACCACGACACUGAACUGUACGCAUUGCAAGAGCGUUUGGAGAGAGUACACCAGAAAUUCUUCGAGGAGUACGAUCGGAGACGCAGUCAGGCGUUGGGAGGCAGGGUCGCUGCGCUCAAAGGUGACAAGGCUCUGCCCAAGGAUAAAGAUAUUGACCUGAAGCUAGUUCCCGAUAUUAAGACCAUAAUGCCGCAAAUCAAGCGGGAAGUCCUCGAUGGGGUCAACUUGGUGUUUUCCGGGGUGCUUCCGUUGGGGACUGACACGCAAAAUGCUGACAUCUCUCUCUGGGCCAAGAGUUUUGGAGCCGUCAUCUCAACCAAGAUCGGGUCGAAGACGACGCACCUGGUGGCGGGUCGAAACCGAACGGCCAAGGUUCGGGAAGCGACGAGAUAUCCAAAAAUCAAGAUCGUCACCACUCAAUGGCUCCUGGAUUCUCUGACUCAGUGGAAACAUCUGGAUGAAGAGCCGUAUUUGGUGCCGGUACAUCCAGAGGACCGAGGGGACCCGAUUCUGGGAAGUUCGCCGGGGUCGAAGAAUGCCGCCGAAGCUGAAAGCUCCUGGCUUUCGUCAUCAGAAGAAGACACAGGCGUGUCGUUCACCGACGACGAAGGUGAGGAUGCAGCUUCGGAGGACAAGAUUGACACUGACGAACUUGAAGAAGCCGAUGAGGAGAUCCUCAAGUCGUCGGGGAUGACGGCGCACUCACCGAUCGGGUACGAUGCGGAGCAGCAGAAGGCCGUGCACGAUGAACUCCGGGAAUUCUUGGGCAGUGAUGCCGAGAGUGACAGCGAGUUCGACGACAAUGGCGAGGGUGACAGCGAUGUAUUCCUGGGCAGCGAGUCGUCAGCGUCCAAGAAGAGGAAGCGCGAAGGUGAAGAUGGCGACGAGCAGCGGGAGGAAGACGAAGCUCUGGGAUCACGACUGUCACAGCGCAUCAAACUCUCGCGCGAGCGGACGAGUGGUCUGAAGGAAGUGGCCACUGCCGAGGAGGGGCCUGUCGAGGGUGAAGGUGACGAGGACGAAGGGAUACCGGACACCAGCGGCGAUCGUGAGCGCGACGGUGGCGACGGUUAUCCCGAGGACCCGGACGACGACGAUGACGCGCUCGAGAGAGAGAUGCUGGCAGCGUUUGAGGAUGGCAACUAUAACUCGGCGGCAGAGGAGGAGGUUGCAGAGGAAAAUGGGUGA